AUGGCGCUUUUCUUUCGAAGACGCUUGGCUGCCCUCGACUUGGAGACGAGUGAAUCCUUUGACUGCUUCGAUGCGAUCGGGCACGGCGUGUACCAGCAGCGCCUGCUCUUUCUCAGUUUCGUCAGUUCAUUCCUCGUGCACGUCAACAUACUGUCCUUCUAUCUCAUAUCGGGAGACGUGGACCACUGGUGCCGGCCGCCGCCUGACUGGACUAUGUCCGUCGCCGCCUGGAGGAACUCAGCCAUCCCUCUGGAGGCGGACGGCAGUCCCAGCCGGUGCUCCGUCUACAAGAAUCCGGCAGACCCGAACGACACCGACGUGGUAGCUUGCGAUCAUUGGGACUACGAUCCGAAGAACGAGAAAAAGACCAUCGUGAGCUCCUGGAACCUGGUAUGCCAUCGGCGGUCUCUGAUCGCGGUCAUACAGCUCGUUUACCUCACCGGUUCCGUCGUGCUGCCCAGUGUUGCCGGCUACCUGGCGGACAGCGUCGGUCGCCGGCCCAUGCUCCUGAUGUUCACCGCCGCGCUCAUUGUGGGGACGUGCGGCAGCUGCUUUGCCGACACGUACGUCUUGUACGUGGUGAUCAGGUUCGUCAUCUCCGGCUGUUCGGGCGCCGCUGCCCUGGUGUCCUGCAUGCUCGCGUUCGAGGUGACCAGACACGAGUACCGAACGACGUACACUGUUGCGGUCACUCUUUCGGCCGUCUUGCUCUCUGAACUGUGGUACGACCUGGUCAGGCAACUCAGCCUCGAUAGGUUCCUGCUCCAAGCGAUCUUCUUGGCGCCCACAGCCGUUGCACUCAGCACGUUCUGGUUCGCCGACGAGUCUAUACGAUGGCUCAUCUUUAGCAGAAACAUGGCAUCGGCGGAAGCGGUCAUGCUGGCGGCCGCGAAGAUGAACAACGUUCCGCUGCCCACUACGGCCUGUCUGCUAAACAAGCUGAAGGCGGAGGCGCUCAAAAGUGAGGAGCAUCUCAAAACGUUGCCGAUAAACGGCGAAAACUCAUGGGCGAAUUACAUACCUACUCGAGCGCUCUUCAUGUUCCUCACAUAUUUCUCCGCAACAUUCACGUACAUUGUGCUGCUCCAGUCGUCCUUGAAGACUCCCGACUCGUGGGCCCGUUGGCUGUCGCUACCCAGCCACAUGCUGACGACUCUGCUCGCAUACACACUCAUAGGUCGGGUAAGGCCUCUGGAGCUGCUCAUACGAAGCUGCAGUCUCCUCGGCGGCCUCGUCUGCCUACUCAGCGUGACCAUCGGGGGCCCGAUAGCGGUGCUCGCCCAGCUGUUCGUCAUCCCAGCCGAGGCCUUGGCGCUGGCGGUCAAUGUCUUGGCUGGUGUCUGUGUGUGCGAGGUGUUCCCGACUCCCGUACGUGGGACUGUAAUGGGCUGGUGCUUCGGCAUCGGCCGAGUGGGCGGCGUCUGCGCCACGUUGGCGUCGGCUGAUGAGGAACGCCGGUCGUGA